AGAGGGCAUCAGAUCCCAUUACAGAUGAUUGUGAGCCACCAUGUGGAAUUGAACUCAGGACCUCUGGAAGAGUAAGCAGCCAGUGCUCUUAACCGCUGAGCCAUCUCUCCAGCCCCUAGAAGUUUCUUAAUAGAAUAAUUUUGAUAUUAUGAUUCAAGUGUUAAAAAGACUUUCUUGAAAUAAAACAGAAACUUCUGACUCAUUCUAGGUUUAAUAUUUUGUUGAGUGGCUUUAAAAAUGUUUGACUCAAGAUAUGCACAAUUCAGCAAAAAGAAACAUGAAAAUUUAGCUCUGUUAAUUUUUUUUUGUUCCUUUCUGCAGUUAAGAUGCUUUUUACCAAUAGCUGAGUAAAAAAUGUUCAGACAGAAGCAGUGGAACCUUUAUAGCCCUAAAUAUUGUGCAGAUUCCACCUGCACAGAUCUACCUGUUCUUCCACCACAUACCCUCACCAGGUAGUCAUCUUGUAUGCCAUCCCAGGAUUCAGAGGUAAUAGUGGCAGUGAUCUUAUUCCUCUCCGUUUCUUAAGGGGCACAGCACAUUGGGAUUACCAUAGUUAUGUUGUGUGAGAGAACACUUGAAUCUAUUUCUCCUGCCUGAAAUGUUGUGUCCUGACAGCUCCAUCUCCCCAGUGUCUGCCUUUCCUCUACCAACUCUGCCCUUCAGCCUCCAUCAACCACCAUAAUCAAUCUUUGUCCAGAUCUUCAGCAUUCUCAGGACCGCACAGCAGUGAAAUCAUGCAGCCGUGGUCUUCCUGCGCCCAUCCUCCUCCACCUAACAUCUGACAAUGUCAUCCGUGUUACAAGACACAGGCUCUGCUGUCUGAGCCCUGAACUUCACUGUGGGCCUGUGCUACAUUUCAUCUGUUCAUCUGUUGGUGGACUGCGGUGAGCACAGGGUGCAGCUGCCCACCUGGCAGUGCUCGGCCCCCUUUACAUACACAGUGACUUGUAGUUUUUAAUUUUUCCAGGGUCACCCACACCAUUUUCAUAGUGACAUUUCUUACAUAAAAUGUAGCAUUGUAUAGUCUACCAUAUUAAUUACUCGGAUUAUGUAGCUUUAUAUUUAGGAUCAUAAAGUUUCCAUUGCUUCUGUCUGAACAUGUUUUACUCAGCGAAUGGUAAAAACAUCUUAAUUGCAGAAAGGAACAAAAAAUCCAUUAGAAAUCUUGCCUAUAUUCUUAGGAGAACUUUGAUUAUAAGGAUUUCAUUACAAGGCUAGUGGUUACAACUUCCAGGGCGUGGGGUGUUGGAAUGUCAAAGCCCUAGCAUCACAUCAUCUUGGGCUGUGUUUAGCUCCCUCAGUAGCCUUGCUCCCUUAACCUGAUAAUGUCCUUGUCACUUUGGAAUGUGUUAACUGAGCCCACUACCAACCUAAAACCUAAGAACCUUCGGAUAGCAACUGAAAACCUGCCCUUAGCGUGCUGUAAACUUCAUACCUACUAUUUCCACCAAAGUAUUUGAAAAAUUCCAGGAUAUAUAACUUAAUUAAGCAGCGAAAAACUCCACUAAACUAUGCAAUAUGUUUGGUGCAACUGAUUUGGUGUUCUACAACGAUUAUCAUUCAUACUUGGUUCAGUAAUAAACUCUUGAAGUGAGAGGUGUGUGAUUUAUGCUUUUUGUAAAGAAGCUUAAAUGUGAAGAUACAGGUAGAAAGCGAAAGACCAUAAAGCAAUGGGUCUAUGUUUUCUGGCUGGGCUGGAGGAAAUCCUGAGACUGGAGGCCUGCUUGAGGCUAAAAUAAUAGCCACUCAAGUCAGAGAGGCUUAAAAUCUUACCCUCUGAAGGGCUGGGCGGGAACCACUUCAUUUGCGCUGUCAGGUAAUGUAUUCUAGCUUUGCAACCCUCAGUACCCUAGGACGAGCAGCUCAACCACAGAACUGGACCUCUGCAUUAUAGGAAAUGUGCCUAGAAAUCCUCUUCCCCAAACCCACUUCUCUCCCGCACUCAAGCCCUGGAGUUGCAGUGCGCGUGCGCACCACUUGCUUCACUGGCGCUGAGGUUCCGGUCAGGUCAUCUGGCUUCCGCCACAGAGAUAACCGUGUGAGUGCUAACGCUGUGCACCUGCGCAGACCACGGCGUCUGUCUGUCACCAUGGCAGCAUGUGCUGGGGGCCCGGGAUCUUGGAGUGAAAAUAUCCUGAAAUAUUUUCUGAGGAAGAGCCAGAUCAUGGCAGAAGAUGGUGCUGAGAUCCUUUGGUACCACGCAGCCAACCACAAGUCUCAGAUGCAGGAGGCACUGAAGAGUGCUGCCCACAUGAUAGAGGCUGAUGUCCUUCUUCCUAGUGACGGAUCAGAGCAUGGCCAGCCAAUCAUGGCCCAUCCUCCUGAGACAAGCAGUGAUAACACUCUGCAGGAGUGGCUGGCUGAAGUCAUAAAGAGCAACAAGGGCAUCAAGUUGGAUUUCAAGAGUCUGGCAGCCGUCAGAGCGUCCAUGCUGUUCCUGGACAGCGUGAAGCAGCACCUUCAGCGGCCGGUGUGGAUCAAUGCUGAUAUUCUUCCUGGGCCCAACGGGAGCAGCGAAGUAGUAGAUGCCAACGCCUUUCUAGACACCGUGACAUCCUUCUUCCCAGAUGUGACCUUUUCCUUGGGUUGGACAACAGGAUGGCAUCCUGAGAAAGUCAAUGAAGGCUACAGUUGGUCGAUGGUGAAAGAGAUGAACUCCAUAUGCAGCGAGCUGACCCAGCCGGUCACGUUCCCUGUGAGGGCAGCCUUGGUGAGGCAGUCAUGUUCUCAGUUGCUCUGGCUGUUGACAAGAUCAAACAGGUACAGCUUAACUGUUUGGACUGGAAAAGAUGACAUUUAUUCCACUGAAGAUUUACUUUACAUUCGCGACUACUUUAAUAAAACCCAAGUUUUCUAUGAUAUUUUGGAACCACAAAACCAUGAAUUUAAACAAGCCAUUGGAAUCCGAGUCAUUCUCUAAGAAUGUACACACACACACACACACACAUACACACACAUAUAAUCUUCUAAAUCACUUUCUCUUUGCUUUUAUGAUUCUUUGCUGCUUUGGUCCCAAUCAGUGGCUGUAUUAAUUGUAAUUAUUGCUUUAAGCUAAACUUAUCUAAUCAGAAAUGCUUAUUGUGUGAGUCCUCUGACUUUAUAAUGCCUCAUGGCAGUGCAUGUCUGUACAGGACUACAAUAAAAUUGUUUUAAAAUUACAGUGAAAAUGUUCAGGCUGGGUGUGGUAGCACGCGCUUAUACAACCCCAGGACUUCUGGGGCUAAAACAGGAAGAUCAAGAAUUCAAGGCCAGCCUGGGCUAUAUUGUGACACCCUGAGCUAUAUUGAGAUACCCUUUCCCAAAAGCAAAUUUUUUAUGACGUCUCUAUAAUCAUCACACAUUGAUUUUGUAAAAAGACUUGAACUAAUAAAUGAACUACUUUUUGAUGAA